GGCUCUGGCCGUGGGGACCCGCCACAGCACGGACACCCAGCAGCGCUCUCUGGGCUGUCUCCUUAAAGCCUCGAGAAACAGCUCGUGCUUCGUUUGCCACGGUGAUGAGGCCACCAGUGCUUUUGGAUUAUUCGAGUGAUAUGCAGGGACCGCUGCUGGCCUUGAUACAAAAACUGUAGAUGUUGAACAUCUCGACAUGGCUUCUUCAUUCAUGGCUUGGGCCAGGCACUCAUAGGAUGGACCAUCAACUCUCCUGCAGGCACUGAAGUGACUUCACAAACACUGGCUGUGAGCAAAGGUCCUCGCACAGGUGGCACGUCUUCUCAGAGAAAAAGGUUUAGAGAGACAUGGAGCUUGAAAGAAUCAUUCGAGACACACUGACACGCUUCAUCCAGUCCCACAUCCCUGCAGCAGAUCUCAGUGGGAUGGAUGAUGUUUUCUUCUCUUAUAUCACGGGUGUCCUGGAGGAGCUGGGCUCACCAGAGUCCUCUGAGGAGAAUUUUGACAUGGACACCUUUGUGGAAAUGAUGGAGGCAUAUAUACCUGGAUUUGCAGAAAUCCACAGUGGGGAUGUUUGUGAAAUGAUGUUCUCCCUCUCAGAAAGGCUUGGUGAAGCUCGCAACAAAGAAAAACCUGGCCAAAAGGCUGUGGAAAGCAGGAGUGAAGCACCCUCUGAAGACCUCACCAAGGGCCAGGAGCCUGGAGCUGGAGCCUGCAACGGGGAAAGGCUGUGCACUGUAACAGACGGAGCCAGGGCCCAGGAAGACGAUGACUUGAAGGAUGGGUUGGAGCUGCUACUGGAGAUGUUCCCAGCCUGUACCGUGAGCCAGGCAGAGAAGGCUCUUGCCAUGGCCUUGGGGAACUUGGAGGAGGCAGUGCAGUUAAUUGUGGAGGAGAAGGUGGAAAUUGGCCCAUCAGGUGUGAGUGUGAAGGAACUGGCACGGCCCCGCAGAACACCCAACCACGAGGAACUAAAACAGGUUAUCCUACAGAAAUACAUGAUGGUGGAUAGUGCAGAUGAUCAGAAAACACAUCGGCCAGCUCCACCCAAAGAGGCUCCCAAGAAGUUGAUCCGCUACAUCGAUAACCAGGUGGUGAGUACAAAAGGAGAGAGGUACAAAGACAUCAAGAAGCCUGAGAGUGAAGAGAUGAAAAGAACCUAUAUCAGCCUAAAACCAGCCAGGAAGUACAAGUUCCACUGACAGCCAGGUUCUCCUGCUCUUCAGCCUUCCACCUCACUGGCCAGGCAUGGCAGGAUGGACUGUGGUGCUAGGAAUGAGGGACUCCUCCACCUGCCACUAACUUGAACUAACCUGGGAGCCAGGACACUGUUUUCAGCUUCCUCAACUAACCUAGUUGACAAGGAGGAGACUUCUCUCCUUGGGUAGCUAUCCCUCUGCCCCCAGGGGCACACUGCAGUGACUCUCUGGGGCCUGGGCAUUCUCUGCUCUAUAUUGCAUGGGACAUUUUUAGAUCUGAGAUGUGGCUUGUGCUUUUGCAGCAACCUUUUUAACAAGUCUCUGUGCACUGUUGCUUUGAGUGCCAGUAUUAAUAAAGAUGAUGUGAGUUGGUGUGUAGU